GUUCACAAAGCCCAAGACACUCUAUGUGUGGAGAUACCGAUCAAUGGUAUUAGGGCAUUGGUAUUGUUCGACUUGGGCUGCACUACCGACUCCAUUACACCGGAGUUUGCGUAUUUGUGCAAAGCAGGCAGGAUUGACCUGCAGGAGCCAGUAGGCCUCCAACUUGGGACCAAGGGUAGUCGUACAAAAAUCAAUUUCGGGGCACAAGCUGAAAUUGCACUGGGCUCAGUGCGUAAUGCACACUACUUCAAUGUCCUCGACAUCGACAAGUACGAUGCAAUACUGGGAACAGUAUUCUGUUGUAAGUAUGGUAUCGUACUGGACUUUGCAAACGACCGUGUCUCAGUCAGGAAACAGAGCAUCCCACUCUUCAAGGAGGAAGCCAUCUCCAAGAUAACAAAAUGA